UUAAUGUUAACCAGGUGGCUAAUUGGAACGUGAGCGUGCGGCGCUGAACGUGCUCCCUUCAGCAGACCUCUUUUACCCUGGCCAGAUUACCCGUUGCUGGAUGUGCCACGUACCCUGAGGUGCACCGUGCGUUCGGCUUCCAGGAGAAGAGGUUCCAGCAAGUCACUGCACAGCACAUCGAUCGCACGAGAGGAGAGGAGAGGAGAGGAGAGCAGUGGAGCUGCUGUCUUGCCGAGGAUGGCAACCAUGGCCGGAAGCUACUGCUGCAGCUACUACCCGGCCACCGUCCGUUCGCUCCAGCGGCAGGCGGCGGGAAGGGGAGGGCGGGGACUCCGGCGGGCGAGCCUGCGUGCGGCGGCGGCGGAGCCGGUGAAGGCGGCCACGGACGCCGAGUUCUUCCAGCCCUCCGACACCAGGCCCAUCAUGCUCUUCGACGGCGUAUGCAACCUCUGCAACGGCGGCGUCCGGUUCGUGCGGGAGCACGACCCCGGCAGGAGCAUCAGGUACAUCCCCCUCCAGAGCGACUCCGGGAGGAAGCUCCUGCGCCGGUCCGGCAGAAGCCCCGACGACAUCUCCAGCGUUGUCCUCGUCGAGAAAGACAGGUCAUACAUCAAGUCUGAUGCCGUGCUGAGGAUAAUGGAGUACCUCAACCUGCCGUUCCCGCAGCUCGCCGCGCUCCUCAAAAUCGCCCCCCUGUUUGUGAGGGACUUCGCCUACGACAACGUCGCGGACAACCGGUACGUGGUUUUCGGCCGGUCAGAGACAGAAUCGUGCGAGAUACUCUGAAUUGCUGCCACAGAUAGCACCUCGGUGCUCUUGCUUAUAUUAUAGGUUGAAUAGAGAAUGGCCAUACAUUGAGAAGUUGUAGGCAUCACAGAUAUGAGAUGGCAUUAACCACCAUCAUUACAACCAGUCCAAUUUUAGCACUGCUACCCUGCUUCA